GACAAUGUCACACUGCCCUCCAAGUUACUGCUGCCCUGGCUCAGAAAAUUAUAGCUCUCAUCUGAAAUGCUAUGACUGAAAUAUCAUGCUGUUUAAAAUGGACCUAAAAUACUUCAUUGUGAAUUUUAAGGACUUUUUUUUGGCUCAAUCUCUGACAUGGCUUCUGGCACAAACAAGGUCAACUCACCAUAAUUUUUUUUUUCUCAGCUAGAAGAAAAAACAUGUUCAUUCAAGGCCUAUCUCUGGUCAUUCCUCUAUGGUCUGCCUGCUUUGUCAAAGAGAGCUUCUGUGUUUGUGCUAGAGCAACCUGGGCAAAGGUUGGAUGGGAGAUUUUUCCAGGAGAAGUAGAUUUGAUGCAGCUUACGCCUCCACAUUCCUGUUUGCCCUAUCCUCUGGACCAGCUGGGCUGCAAUUUUUGGAGUUGUGCCAAGCUCUCUUAUAUUUUAGUGGAAACUCUCUUUAUAAUCCUGACUGUUUUAUCUGGACAUUAUCUUUGGAACCAAUGGAAGAAACACACAAGGAAGCCAGAAGAUAAUUUUUCCUCAAAUGUUGAUCAACAAAAUGAGUCCAUUUAUGACAUUGACCAAAUCCUCUGCAGGCUGCUGUCAACUACAUCAAUGCUGACAAGAUACCUAAAGCAAGUACCUCACCAUCACUCCAAAAAAUUAAAACAUAGAAGAAAAUUCAAGAAAAAAAGGGAUGGAGACAAACAUGACUGGAACUUCCAAAUGUGUCCACAUGUUAAUCAAACCUCUCUAGCAUAGAUCUUUUAGAAGGAAACUACUGAAAGAGAAGAUUCUUUUUUGGAUAAAAAAAAUAUUUUUGUGGCCUUUGUUAUAUUUUUUUUGCCACAUUUGUGAGACCCACAAUCAUGAACUCUGCAUACAGAAGUCAUUUCUACUCAGCUUAAAAAAAAGCGUUAUAUGAAGUAUUUUACUAACAUGGACAGAAAAAUCUAAUACUAUCAUUGUUAUGUAUUUCUGUUGUUCUUUAUGAAUUAUUAGGAAUUAAAUAAAGAAUUUCUAUA